AUGUGUUAUCUCUUCUCUAUCCGCUUCAUGUAUUUUAUAAAUAGCCAGGAAUAUCUUAGGGUUGGUUUCUUGAAGCGUCGUUAUGGGAACAUGGCCGCUGGUGUUGCCUUCAAAUACGGUUGCAGUAGGUACAUAUCAUCACCAGAAUGGGCAAGUCUUCCUCUGCUGCCUGUGUUUUUUAUUCUAGAUAAUUUGUUUGAGCCCAUUGACCAUGUUUGUUUUGCUGACGUCUGCAAGCAAUGGCGUUCUCUUGCGAAAGACUAUAAUCAAGCAACACAGCGGUGGUGGCAUAACAACCUACUUCCCAUGCUCAUGAUCCCUAAUGAAUAUGAAUGCCAAGGCGGCAGCUGCAAGAAUGGCCGCCUCCUAACGAAAACAAACCACCGAAAAGCAUUAUACAGCAUUGCUGAAGGCAAAAUCUACAACAAUAUUGGAUUGGAAGUGCCUUUUAAAAAGAGGUCUUGUGACUCUAGCCACGGUUGGUUUGCCACAAUAUAG